AUGUUUCCCUCCCGAGGACAUGCGAAGACCCGUCGUGAUGACCAAGCUGUCCCGCAACGGGACAACCGUGUCCACGACGCGGUUCCAUCCCAACGUCUGAAUCCCAAACCACUGGGCGCUCCAGUUGUUGCGCCUUUCGUCGAUCAGUCCCGUCAGCUCUAUUCUCCCUACACACAAUGCAAGUCCAAUUACGCAGGCCCACCUCCCUCUUACCGCACUAAUCCGUCCGUAGCAACCUUUAAAACUCCUCGUCACGAAUCCCAUACUGCCUAUCCGACUCCGCAGGAUAACCCCAAGUACGCGACUCCCUUGAAAAUAGAUGAAGCCGGACGUGCAGCCCCUAUGUUUAACGAUGUUGCUAGUCAGCCGCCCCAACGUAUGGAGCCCACUUCUCCUGCACAGAGAAUUUCCAGGACACAUCUGGAGGAUCUCGAUAGUCCCCAUUCCCCUACUAGCCCCAAUUCUCCUCGCCGUCGUGCUUUACCAGGACACGGUCAAGCUGCGUGUCCAUCCCCUACGUCCUUCUCCCCGGGACAAAUUCCCGAGACCGAUCCUGCCAGGCUCCACGCAACUGGGAGCAUCGUAGCUCUUCCAUGUUAUGCUUUAAUGGCUCCGUCUGAUAGUAACCUUACCACUCAAGAACGUAGUGAUGGCGCUGUCUCCGCCGAUCUUGACACCGUUCGACGUGCUGCAACAGACUUGUGGAAGCGGAAGGUCAUAUGCUCUAGAUGCAACAGAAUGGCUGUAUACGGAGGAAAUCAUAUGUUCAAAUUCUCUCUCAAAGACGUUGACCUGAGGGCUACCCACGCCUCUUGUCCUUCGUUUGACGCUAUCCUCAUACGUUGCUGUGGGAACUGUGGUACCUAUUGCCGCGGAUGCCAUAAGCGUCCUCAGUGUCUUUCUCCUCAGAACUGCAAGCGGCGUUGUUCUGUUGCUUCUUACGAGAUCAUGGCAUCCCUAGAAGAGGAAAUCCUCCAAUCUGGGGGAGUCUCUAAGUUUCUGAACAGGUCUCGCACUUGGGAGACUCUCCACAAGGCCCUCAAGGUGCUGACGUUCUACUAUGAAUGUGGCUCCGAAGACAACAGCCAGUGGAAUUGCGACAAUCUUCUGCGCCUGUCCUUGCUCCCAAGAGUUAUUCGAUCUGUUCUGAAGUACCAUCAACUGAGCAACUGGCUUGGCUCUCAGCAUAAGCCCGAUCUCUACACGGCGAUAUUUGACUUCUUAGCAGUUUUAUUGCUUAGACAGGAGGACAGAGAGCUCUUUACUGAGCGGUGGUUCUGCAUCAAGGAUAACAGCGGCGGACUGAGGAACUGGAUGGAGCAUGGAGGAACGAUCGAAUUCGAGCGAGGAGAGGAUGGGAGGGCGAUAACGAUGCCCUCGUUCCAGGAACUCCUCCGCGAGCUCCGGAAUGGGCUGUGGUGGAAGGAGCUGACUAACUAUGCCAGGAAGACUUGUCCAGACCGGGUUGGUGCUUCGUAUGCUCGCGAUUGGCUCGUGAAGGUACAAAAUAUGUUGAAGUGA